GCAUCAUAUGGACCUUCUAACUCUUCUUUAGGACCUGACAAUUGGGAAGGCGUAUGCGCUACCGGGAUGAAACAGUCGCCUAUAGACAUCAAGACCAACACAGCCAUGUGUGACUCAAACCUGGGUGGUUUUACACUUGUCAACUACAACACUAUACCAGCUGGUGUCAAUUUUACCGCUACAAACAACGGCAAAGGCUUGACAAUUUCAUUUGACAGCAAUGUGUACAACGUAAGCGGAGGUAACCUCCCCGGAACAUUCACCACCGUUCAGUUUCACUUGCACUGGGGAUCAAACAACAGCCGGGGAUCGGAACACACUGUGGACGGGAUGAUGUAUCCUGCCGAGGUGUGUUAUUUUUGAUGCUAUGCGGCAGCGUUAAGCUUUGUAUGAUGAAAGUAAUUACCUUGGUAAAAGCUGAAACGAUAGCCAUGAAAAAGGAAAAACGCUUCUAUGUGCUAAAGUCGCAAUUGGGUUUUGCUUCGCUCUGCCUUUGUUGAGUAAACGGCGCCGGAUUAUUUAAGCCAAUUACACGAGUUGAAUAAGAAUUAAUCAAAGUGAUCCUAUUGUUAGAUUGACUCCUUGACAAAAUUUAAAUCCACCUAAUACUGAAGUACAACCAUACCUCCGAUCAAACAAGUUAAUUAUACAGUAAUGGCGAAAAUUUUCCCGGCUCUUGCAAUAAACAAGACAAAUUACACAAAAGACAUAAAUUCUUUACUCACAAAAAAACCGCAGCAAAGUCGUAAAGAAUCCUUAAUGAUCAGAAUAUGUGAGACUACUUCCAUUUUUCGCACAUGAAUAUAACUUGGGAUGACAGUCGUCUUCGGCUCAAACCUGAGUUUCCUGGAUUUCGCCAAGCAGAACAUAAACAUCAUUUCAACGAAUCCAAACCAUACUCAACACCUCCUUACGAACGUUUGAGUAUUUUAACUUUAGGUACCUUUGUUUCUGCUUAGUGUCCAUUGUCGUUUUCACUGUCAGUUUAAAAAAAAGGUUUUUUUCAAUCUAGACGAUUGUGGCGUGUUUUAAACCAACUAAUAGACUGAAGCAUUUGUAUUUCUCUGCCGCGCGUUAAGAGAAUUGUUAUAGUAUGUUAUUUUAAAAAAAUUGGACCAUGCUUUAAGCUUUGCGGUAGUAAAAUUAACGGGAGCUUCGAGUUAUAGAGGGUUCGAGUUACCGAGAUUCGACUGUAUAUAUAGAGUAAUGAAUGCACUUGGAAAGUUUGGAGAGCACUCAAGCAGCUAGGGUCUCUCACAGCUCUUUAUCUUCUCUCGUGCUCUCCAAACUUCCCGAGUGCAUUAACUCGAUUUAUCAUAUAGACACGAGUGUUUUACUGGAAAAUAUACCACUCGUAAAAUUCAUAAAAACUACAUCCGGGACCCGAGUGGUUUAUUUUCCAUAAUCUCACACGUGAGUUUAACGAUGAAGUAAUUUUGGUAAUUUCCCUCUAUUAUUUUAUCGAUGUCAUUUUGUUUAUAUAAUAAAAAGAACGUAUAUAGAGGAUAUUACACGGUGGCGCGAAGAUAUGAAAUUUCAUUUCUCGUGGCAAAAACAAUAUUUACUCACUCGCUGCGCUCGUUCGUAAAUAAUUGUUUUGCCACUCGAAAAUAAAAUUCAUAUCUUCGCGCCACCGUGUAAUAUCCUCUAUAUACGCACGCUAAGCCUGAACCAAUUGUUUAAAAAGGUGGAUCUUUGCGCUUUUCCUCGUUUCCGGGGCGCCAUCAUGGUGCGGAAAGCUUUACGAGAGCAUGUGGUUCGUGCAUCCUUUCCGAUACGUACACCACUAUAGGGUCGCCUUUGAAAAAAGCGGAAAAGAGAAACAAUGAACAACUGCUGCUUUUACGCACUUGUUGGAGUAAAAUAAAACAAAUUUGAAAAAAAAUAUAUUCAUUUGCGUACAAGCGCAUGAGUAGAAGGACCUUUACAGGCUCAGACAAGAAAAGGUCACCUUAAUUUUGCCUUUAUUAGACACGUCGUGGAUAUGUUCUAUUUAUAAACACAAGGCAACAUGCUCCGCCAAUAAUCUUUAGAAAUUUUUACUUGUGGACCGGACAGCUCUUUAUAAAAGCUUCCUGCACAGGACUAACGAGCUCAUUUCAAUUUGCAGAUUCAUUUUGUCAGCUAUAACACUAAAUACUCAGACAUCGGUGAGUCACUGUCUCAUUCUGAUGGUUUGGCCGUCCUCGGUGUCUUUAUUGAGGUAACGCAUCCUUUCACUCUCAGUUUUGUUUUCCUAACCCAUACUUCUUCCCAAAAGUCUCUACAUGCAAGAGAAUCCGCAUUCCAUAAUCCCAGUAAUUUUUACUUGUGGAAUCUGGAAUGAAGGAAUUUUUGUUUUAGAAUCCUGUUAGCACAGCUAAAGGAUUAUCUAUUCAGGAAUCCAUAAUUCCUGUUCCACAGACAAAGAAUCCUGAAUCUAGCCCGAAUUCACCGCGUCUAAUCCAUAAUCCAAGAAUAUUUCGGAUUUCCUUACAUGGAGUUGGCAAAAGCAUUAAUUUUGUUACAUAAAAAAGCUCGAGUCUAUAUUUGAAGAAAUCAAUUCGAAAGCCGCGUACUUAUGCUUCAUUUUUGCACCUCAAGUUUGUCGAAAAUUGUUCCUUUUUCAACGUGACAUAAAAAUGACUUAAUCAAGGUAAAUAUCCUGUGAUAUAUCAUUAGUACCACACUUAUUAGUAUUUUCUAAUACUGAAAGUGGAAUAGUUUGUAAUAAAGAAAGGUCGUUAUUCAUCAAAAGCGUGAUGCAUAAUUUCAUAAGGCAUUAAAAUAUUCAUUGUUUCGUUCAUUACUUUCUAAAUGUUAGCUUGGCUCAGGCGCCGACAAUCAGGUCUGUUAUAUAGACAUGUCAAAAGGUGUGAAAUUCAAAGCGAAAUCAAGGCACUAAAUUUUUCUUUUUAAUUAUUAUUAUUAUUGCUUUCUAAACUGGUGUUAGGUUGGCGCAAGCGAAAAUCAGCACUAUAAAAAGUUCUUGGAUCAAAUCAGCCAUGUGAUGUACAAAGGUACGUGGGAUCAUUGGGAGGAAGUAUCCUGACAUUUUGUGAAUGCUGUACUCUGAAAGUAAUAGAUACCUCUGGAUUCUAAGACGAGGACGACUACAAGGAUUAAUACUAAGCAGUGCUUGUGCAAGAACAAGCGUCAUUUUGGCGGAAAACGAGAAAGUCGUCGUCAUUCUAAUACGAGUUUUUGCAAGAAAUGUCGGCGUAGUGGCGGAAACGAGUUAUGAAAAAUAAGAGGUUUUGUCAUUUUACGACCGGAAGAGGGUUUAACCUCCUUCAAUAAAGCUAACAGUGCUAACUUUUCUGGUGGAAAAAAAGUAAAAUGAAGCUUUUUGGGGUGUUCACAGUUUUUGAGGCAAAAAAAACCUGAAGUCAAAUCUCGUACUAGCUCGUAGUCAUUCCCGUCUUAGAAUCUAAAGGUCUCUAAUGUUAAAUAAACGAGCUGGAGCGUUCUCGAUCAUUUCUGUGGCGUUCAAAACAAAAUUUUCUCGUAAAGGAGGAGCUUUUGCCCAGAUAGUUUGAGGCUGACCCCACACUGAAUCGUUUGGUUUCAAAAGUAUCUCACACUCGAGAUGAGAAACAACUAAAUGGAAAAACUAAGAAUGGAUGCUUCGCGAAUGCCCGAAUGAUAAUAUGAAAAUACAGCCACCUCUCAUCAUUACUCCUCGUUGCUGGGACUCUUCGCGUAAUUUAUGAGACUAGAACGCAAACGCCUCUCCAGCGAUGAAAUGUCCCAACUGUGGGUGAUGGUAUUCCGAGGUUAAUUAACUGCAAUUCUUUUCGGCAGGUCGUUGAAUAGAUGCGUAAUCAUACACAUUGAAUGUGACUGGCACUCUAUUUGCUUUUAAGACAUGGACUUUUUAAAAAAGCUAACCAUUUGUGCUCUUGCUUAACCCAUCUUUAUCCUUCCAGUUGCAUGGUAUUGCUGUUUUUUCUUUUGAUAAAAAUACUCAUACUGUAUUUCAUAUAUCUUGCAAGUUGUUUGAUUGUGAUUCAAAUCACAAUUCGUCUUUCGAUCCACAGGUAACGAAACAACCUUUUCAGCCUUUAACCUUAUGGAUCUCCUACCAACCAACAUGACCAAGUAUUUCCGGUACCCAGGCUCCCUGACAACCCCGACCUGCAAUGAGGCUGUUACCUGGUCUGUUUUCAACGAUACUGUCAAGAUAUCGCAGGCUCAGGUAAAACUUACAAUUUCUUGUUUUUGGACAGGGGCUUUCUUUGGUUCAUUUAUGUUUUUAUUACUUGCAUCAGGAGCCAAUAACCCGGAGCGAGCAACUCCCUUGUGAUCAUGCAAAGGUUUUGAAUACCAAAUAAGUCUAACAAAUCAGGCAUCAAAAACCAGAGUCUAGAAAAAUGUAUUUGUGAUGUUUUCAGCGUUUACUUCUUCUUUUUGUACUUAUAUCGUACUAUGGAUUCGCACGCAUACAGAACAGUGCUUCCCUUUACGCUCAUCUGCCUUACGCUAGAAAACUGAUCAAAAUUGAUACUAAAAAUAUCUUGAUCUGUGAGUUGCACGCUGCGGGUUAUGGGCUCCCGCUUCAAUACAGCUCCUGUUAAACGUUUGUUGAGGCCAUCAAGCACUUAAGCUUAAGUGUUACAUUGAAACUAAUCGCCUGCAGCUUGUUGUUCCAUUUGAGAUUUGGGCUCCUGAUGGUCGAUAAGAGUACAGACCAUAAAAAUCUUAUUGUUGUCUAAUUGUUGAAUGACAGGUCCCUCAGGAAACAAGUUAGCAAGUUAAUCUUGUUUCGCUAUCAUCGCGAUAAACUGAGAAACAAAAAAUACUUUCUCCCUCUGGUCAGUAGCUGCUUUCUUGGUAUUUUCUUGAUGUUCUCAAAAUCGAAUUCUUUUGACUUACAUACAUUUAAGUAGCCAAAGAGUACGUUAAUUGUCUAAAGAAAGUAGGUGCUUAGUUUAAAACUAACAGUCUUCAAUUGGCUUGUCAUCCUGUGGGGAUUGGACAGACAAGAAAUUGUACAGGGCAGUCAUUAAAACUGAAGCCUCCUUUAGGACAAGAAAACGUUCCCAUUUCUUUCGGCUCACACAUUUUACCUUAAAACGUUUAGAGAGUCUUUUUUAAGUUACUCUUCUGGUAUUCUAGAGAUGGGGACCCCAAAAUUAGUUCGCAGACCAUAACCGUCAAUAAAAAAUCUGAAUAUACAACCACCCUACCCCCCACCCCUCCCGCCACCCUCUCCCUUUGAAAUACGACAGCCCCACUUGUUUACCCGCUGCCCAACAAACUCAAACUCCCCGAUUUGCGUUAUUGCUACAUUUUAAUUAGCCUGUAAAAAUUAGUAUGGGGAUGGAGAUGUUGCAGAACCUUUCAUAAACAAGAAGAUUCGCGGACCUUUUGCAACAUGUCUCACGUAAAGCAUUUUGCGGGAAAAUUUGUCCUAAUAAUUAUUAUGCAAGAAUUAAAAAGUAUGAGAGUAGCACGAGUUCGGUGCAUAAAUUACUGCGUGUUUCGAUACUGUUUUGCAUAUUGCAAACGAUUUAUAGACUUUGAAUGAAAAAUCGAACAUAGUUGUUAAAAGGUAGAAUUAUAGGCACAAAUAUAGAGUAAAUCAGUGCACUUAUACAAACUUGGGUUUGUCAUGCAUUGCUUUUUCUGUGUAACCAUGGCUGAAUUUUUCGCCAGCUCAGUUUAUCGCCAUUUUACACGGCUUGGCGACUCGUUGUUUGUUCGGUGUUGUUUCCUACAUAAGGGGAAGCAAGACAGGUUACUCUGUGCAGUCUCAACUCACAAAUCUCUCCCGUAUCAAAGAAGAGCGCACUGAUUCGGCAUGAGAACACCAAAUCCUUAAAGGCCAGAUAAAUUUAUUCCCCUGGUCAUGGGUAUUGCGAUGAGUCUUUGAGAAAAACUGCUGAAAGCUUUCGUUUCUGGGCAGUCUGGCGUGCGCUCAGGAAAUUCAAUAACUACGCGUUGCGUGGUGAACGCGGAUUCUUUACAUACGCUCCUCUCAUUGGCUAUUUGCAAACACUGCUUACGCGCAAUCAGUGGACUAUCUGAGGGUAGGAAGAUCCAUGUUCCAUCUUUUGUUGAAGAAAUAAAAUCCAUUUUCUUUUUCACUUUACAGCUGGAUGGCCUGCGUUCCAUGAAGUACAACGACACCGCGAACAUUGUUAACAAUUACCGCCCCGUUCAGAUGCUCAACAGCCGUCAAGUGAAAGCCAGCUUUGGCAUGAUAACGACGGCCCCUCCUGUCACAACGACUGCCUCUUCUGUUACAACGACUGCCCCUUCUGUUACAACCGAUGGCGUUGCUCUCAAAAUAUCAAAUGUCGUAUUGGUGUUGGUGCUCCUCCUUGGAGCAGCCUUCUUUCAUUAA